CUUAAAACUAACUUAAAUCAUAAUCACUAACUUUUGCUUUUAAAUAAUCAUUUGCAAACACCAUUAUAGUAGAUUUUGAAUUACUAUAAAUUAUUAAGAAUUAUUCCAUAACUCCAUUUUUAACUAGCUUAGAUAAAUUCCCCAAAAUACCCCUAGAUUCAAUUUUUUUCUUCAACAAAUCAAAUCUUCUCAAGUUCUCCUCAUUUUCCCAUAUUAUACGCAACCCCCCUUAAUAAUAUCAACUUCCACUUUCAACCCAUAGUAUUACAUAUUCCAUGCUGCCGAGUACUCCUCCGCCGCCGCCCGACCACCACCACCACCACCCGAAGAAACCCAAAGAACUCAGAACCACCCUCCACUCCGUCAAAUCCCACAUCUCCGCCCACCACUGUGCAUGGCUCUCCGCCACCGUCCUCCUACAGCUCCUAAUCAUCCUCUUCCUCAGCCGCGCCUCUCCUCCGCCGCCUCCCCCCUCCGUCCACCACCACCACUUCGAAUCCGCCGAUGAAGAUCGAACCUGCAAAAACGGACGGAUAUACGUCUACGAUCUCCCCCCGAUGCUCAACAAAGACCUCCUCGAAAACUGCCACGACAUAGACCCAUGGAGCUCCCGCUGCACCGCCGUCUCCAACGGCGGAUUCGGUCCUCCCGCCACCGGCCUCUCCGGCGUCGUUCCGGCGAACCUCACCCCCGCCUGGUACUGGACCGACAUGUACGCCGCCGAGGUGAUCUACCACGACCGUAUGAACAGCUACAAGUGCAGAACCCUAGAUCGGAACCAAGCGACGGCGUUCUACAUCCCCUUCUACGCCGGACUCGCCGUCGGAAAAUUCCUCUGGUUCAACUACACCUCCAAGCACCGCGAUUUCCACGCCGCCGAGAUGCUGAGCUGGGUCUCGAAUCAGGACCCGUGGAAAAAGUCAAACGGGUCGGAUCACUUCAUCAUGCUGGGUCGGUUAACGUGGGACUUCCGUCGACUAACGGACGAUAACGGCGAGUGGGGCACCAAGUUCAUCUACAUGCCGUUAAUGAAGAACGUCCUCCGUUUAGCCGUUGAGAAAAGUCAAUGGGACGACUUAGAAAUCAGCAUACCUUACCCAACAUCCUUCCACCCGAGAUCCGAACCCGAUAUCCGACAAUGGCAAACCCUAAUCCGAACCCGUAAACGAUCGAGUCUUUUCACCUUCGUCGGGGCGACCCGGAAAAAAAUCCGGAACGAUUUCCGUGGCGUACUAAUGAAUUACUGCAAGACCGAGUCGGCCGCCUGUCGGGUAGUCGACUGCUCCGUCGCGCGGUGCUACGACGGGGCGCCGGCUAUACUCGAGGCGUUUCUCGACUCGGAUUUUUGCCUGCAGCCGAAAGGGGACGGGUUUACCCGCAGAUCCGCUUUCGACUGCAUGCUGGCGGGGUCAAUCCCCGUCUUUUUCUGGAGGGGGAGCUUCGAGUAUCAAUACGAGUGGCAUUUGCCUCGCGACGCGUUGACUUACUCCGUUUUUAUCGAUCACGGAAACGUUAGGAACGAUACUUCGAUCAUUAGGAACGUGUUGGAGAAGUUUAGUAGAGAGGAUAUCGAGAAGAUGAGAGAGAAAAUCAUCGAUUUCUUGCCGAGGUUGUUGUAUUCUCGAUCGAAUACGGAUUUAGGAAGCGUCGAAGACGCCUUCGAUGUAGCUAUGGAUGGUGUGUUGAGAAGGUUUAAGCAACAAAAAAUGGACACAAAAUUAAAAGGUUAGAUUAGAUUUUUUUGGACUUUUUUUUUAAUUACAAUUAUAAUUUUUUUGUAAUGAUAUAUCAUAUUGUUUUUCAAUUCUUAUAUACUUCAAUUUGUUGUAUAGUUUUUCUUUGAUCCAUUUUGAAAUAAUACUUGAUUAGAUUUUUGUUUUUUGGAUCUUUCAUUUAUGGAUAUACCAAAUGUAUUCUUCAAGCUUUUAAUUAUGAACUUUGAAUAAAAAGUAUCAACUUUUUUU